ACAUGCAAGGCUUCUCACAUCUUGAACUUGAGCUACCGAAGCUUAAAAUAAAAUGAAAGGGGGUCAAUUUCUUUGUUCUUUCUUGCUCUUGGCUUUGGCUUUCUCGUUUGCCUCUGCCUAUGAUCCUAGCCCUCUUCAAGACUUCUGUGUAGCAAUUGAUGAACCCAAGAAUGCUGUGUUUGUCAAUGGGAAAUUCUGCAAGAACCCAAAUCUCACCGUAGCUGAAGACUUCUUCUUUUCUGGAUUAAACAUCCCAAGGGAUACUGUAAACCAAAAUGGAGUAAAUGUCACUCUCUUAAAUGUCGAUCAAAUUGCAGGCCUUAAUACGCUUGGUAUUUCUCUUGCUCGUAUUGACUAUGCAGCAAAUGGUGGCUUAAACCCUCCGCACACUCACCCUCGAGCAACAGAAAUUCUUGUAGUCAUUGAAGGAACUCUUUACGUCGGCUUUGUUACAUCAAAUCCUAAUCGCUUCAUCUCAAAAGUGCUAUACCCAGGAGAUGUUUUCGUGUUCCCAAUUGGUCUGAUUCACUUCCAGUUCAAUCUUGCAAAGACGAAUGCAGUAGCUUUUGCUGGUUUGAGCAGUCAGAAUCCCGGUGUCAUCACUAUAGCUAAUGCAGUGUUUGGACCUAACCCACCUAUUAAUCCUGCUGUUCUGGCUAAAGCCUUCCAAUUGGACAAGAAUGUUGUGUUGGAACUUCAGGAAAUAUUCGGUCAAAGCAAUUAGAUGGGCGACAGAAUGCAUGAAACAGGCAUAAACCAUUACUUAAAAAUUAUAAAUAAGCCGAAUCUUGUUCAGGAUUAAUCCAAUGCCAAAUUCGUUUUCUAUGUUAUUUCCUGUAUUUUCCCGUUAGCAAAUCAAUUAAAUAAAGAUAUGUUUACUUA